AUGGGGAAGGACGGCGUGGACAAACAGGCUCGAAAGGAGGAUCCGAUCAAGUGCCGGAGGUGUGGCGAGACUUUUCUGCACCAGCGCAGUCUGAUCCGACACCUGGCCGUCGAACAUGGGCCGAAAAUCUACUUCCGAUGUCGAAGGUGCGCCCAUAAAAAUAACAGGAGCGACAACCUUCGGUAUCACUACCGGGACUGCCACCCAGACAAAGUAGCAGAGGUAGCAGACAUCAAGGGUGAAACCUGUGAGGAGAUAGAAAAGUUGGAGCGUCGUUGCGAGACAGGUGGGAACCGGCGCAAGAGGAGCCCAACUCAACCCAAGAGCUCAAAGGAGAAACAACCAAAGAAAGACAAACCACCUAAGAAGGAGACGGACGCCUGCAGGAAGGCGAGUGAGAAACCACAGGGUAAGAAACGAGGGUCGUCACCUGGGAGCAGUGGGAAAGAGGACCGGUGUAGAUCAGCAGAUGCCAGGUCACAGAGCGGCGGGGAGCCGUCCAAGAAGCGAGGUAGGGAAGAAGCUACCGAGAAGCGAUCUACCAAGAAGAAGCCUGCUAGACCAGCCGCCUGUACGGUGUCAAGGGCGCCUGACUCGGGUUCAGAGGAGCAAGUGAUUGAAGCACCUGCACAGGUGGAGGAACCGCUACAAGAAGCGGAUAUACCUGUGACAACUCAGGGAGUUGAUCAGAGGGAGCGAGAAGCUCAUGACAAGGAGGUCGAUGAUGCUGCUCCGGAGGUGCAAGGGCCACUACCACUUGCUGCUGAAGACCUACGAGAGAUGGCGGAGAUUGAGCUGUCACCGACCCCGAUGUCUGUAUGUGAGCCAGACGACGACUUUGUGGACGAGGUACCCAGGCCAACCAGAGGUGGAAAGUCCAUUCGCUUGAUGCAGAUGAAGAUUGGCAGUAACCACGGCGAUGGGAGAGAGGAGGUGGACCAGCAAAGUGCUUCAGGGGCGAGGCCGUUGCUGAGGCUUAGUAGUAUAUUGCCUGGCCAGGCUGUGAAGGUGCGGGAAGUGAGGGAGACGUACCUGUACCGUGAGGAGUCGAAAGUGCUCCGAGGAGAAACUCAUCGGGAGUUUGACGUGGUCUAUCUGCGACCAGUGCCAACCGAGCCUGCUCCGCCGGCGCCUGAGUCCAGGAUCCGCAGGAUCGUCCAAUCCACUGAGACAGGGGAGGAGCGCCUAGGACCUUCAUACAAUGAAGAAGGCCUGGAACAAGCCAUGGCAGGGAAGGUCACCAGAGUCACGGAAACCUCAUCGAGAGUGGUGUACCAGGAUGAUCAGAAAAUCAUGAAGGACAAGACCACACGGGUGUACGAAGUCGCAUUCACUGCCGGGGUGGCCGUGAACAAGUAA